AUGAUGGAUGACGAAUUAUGGACACCUAAAGUGAAAAGGAUUGAAUGGUUGUUUGGAAGAAUGGCUUUAACUCCUUUUGUUGUUGCUAUUACUAUUAUUGCACUUAUUGUGUACUGGAGGAAAAUUUACACUCUCAUACGAGCGCGGAUACGUCUUAUCGAACACGUAGAGAAAAUCCCUGGACCGUAUUCCGUACCUAUUCUUGGCACAACAUGGCAAUUCAAGUGGAACAUAGCAGGACUAUCUAUGCAAUUGAGAGAUUGGGGUCAUCAAUAUGCGAGUCAGGGACGAGGAAUUGUUCGAUUUUGGAUGGGAAUGCGACCAAUGGUAGGGAUAAUCAGGCCAGAAAUUGCAAAGGUGGUUCUUGAAAGCAUGGAUCUUAUAACAAAAGGGGACGAAUAUAACAUACUCUUGCCAUGGCUUGGCACAGGAUUAUUAAUCUCAACUGGCGAGAAGUGGCGCUCAAGAAGGAAGAUACUCACCCCUUCCUUCCACUUCAAAGUGCUCAACGAUUUCCUGACGAUCCAUGACAGCCAAGCGAAGAUAUUCGUCGAUCAGUUGCAGAAAUUCUCCUCAAACGAAGAACAGUUCGACAUAUUUCCUUACGUCAAGCGAUGUGCUCUGGACAUUAUUUGCGAAACGGCUAUGGGCUGUCAUGUGUCCUCGCAAGAAAACCAUAAUCAUCUCUAUGUGACUUCAGUUCAAAAGUUAAAUCAGCUGGCAUUUCUUCAUGAGCGAAUGCCUUGGAUGUGGAUCAAAGUGAUAUGGUACGCUUCUACUUACGGAUUCGAAUAUGAUCACCACUUGAGAAUCGUUACUGAUUUCACGAGAAAGGUGAUACAAGAUAGACUUGAUGAGCGGAGACAUGAUGCUAAUCCGCUGAAAACAGACAAGAAAAAAGCGUUUCUUGAUCUGCUACUGGAUGUACAAGAAGAAGGAAACCUCUCAUACGAAGAUAUUCGCGAAGAAGUUGACACAUUUAUGUUUGAAGGACACGACACGACCUCUUCCAGUAUGGGAUGGACGUUGUGGUUCCUCGCACAAAACCCGCAUUGCCAAAAGAAGGUGCAUGAUGAGAUGGACGAAAUUUUUGGCUCUUCGGACAGAUCGUGCAACAACGACGAUCUGAAACAAAUGAAAUAUACGGAAAGGUGCAUCAAAGAGGCUCUACGUCUUCGACCUCCGGUCCCAAAUUUCACCAGAAAGGUCGAAAAUGACAUCGAGAUAGAUGGAUCAACGCUCCCGAAAGGAUGUUCGCUUCUCGUUUCGCCUUUCAUGAUACACAGUAAUCCAAUGAUCUACGAUGAUCCUCAGGUGUUCGAUCCAGAAAGAUUCAGCGAGGAGAACAUUCAGAAAAGGCACCCCUAUGCUUAUAUACCGUUUAGUGCGGGACCGAGGAAUUGCAUAGGUCAAAAAUUCGCUAUGCUCGAGGAGAAGACGGUAUUGUCGUGGUUCUUCCGACGAUAUUCGAUCACGACAUCCAUGGCGCAGGAUCUAAACGUGCCCCUUCCGGAAAUCAUUCUGAGACCAUCUCUAGGAUUUCCAGUUGUCAUAUCAAAAAGAUGA